UUCUUCAGGCAAUACUACUAUAGCUCGGAUUCUCAAGACAGUCCUAGUCGUAUACGACCCACCUUGGAAUUAAAGCCGAAAUGAAACUACCGAUUAUAAAUAUAAACCGAUCUCGAUUAGCUUCCAUGACGUUUCGAUAUCGUUUAAGUCCGUCAAAUAUGCCUCCACUAUAGCUUAUAAAUGCUACGAAUAAACUCCGAUUAAUAAACGAAUAUAGAAUAUAAAUAUACUCACCAGUACCUUUACAGACUUAUAAAAUAAAAUAAAAUAAAAUAAAACAACACCAUCAUGUCCACGAUAGCAAUAGCAGGCGCCUCAGGCAAACUAGGCGGCGCAACGCUCUCCGCGCUGCUCGCGCACAACCUCAUCCCCGCAUCCUCCAUCAUCGCAUUAACCUCCUCCCACCCCGGCUCAUCUACAUUCGCCACCCUAGCCGCCACCGCCCCCGGGCUCCAAGUACGCCACGCCAGCUUCGAGGACCCCGCGUCGUUCGAGCAGGCGUUAGCCGGCGUAGACAGGUUCUUCCUAGUGUCGACGCCGCAUGUACAACUAGAUUACGAUAGGCUUGUUCAGGAGGGCGACGGGGACGGGAAGAAGAAAUGGGUCGAGGUACCGGAUGGCGAGGGCCGCGAGCGCCACCAUCGCGUUGCUGUCGAUGCUGCGGUGAAGGCUGGGGUGAGGUGUAUAUGCUACUCGAGUCUGGCGUUCGCGUACGACCCGCAGAGGAAAGCCGGGAAGAGCACUAGUAAAGCGGGCGUUAUGCGCGCGCAUCUACGCACGGAGGCGUAUCUGGCGCGGUUGCGCGACGAGGGCAGACUUGAAAAUGUGACGGUUAUUAGAGAGGGGCUGUACGCCGAGUCCUGGCCCUUGUACCUGGGGUACUUCGCGCCCGACGGCGCCGACGACCGGCGCGAAGUCCUACUCGCGGGGGACGGGAAGGUGAGCUGGACGGCGAUUCGGGAUCUGGGUAUUGCUAGCGCGGUGGUUCUCACCGCGCCAAGCGGGGAGUUUGGCAACCGCUUGUUUUACCUGUCGACCAGAGCCCGUACGGCGAAGAAUCUGGCUGAGAUAGCGGGGCUGGUGGGCGCGGCUCGGGGGCGGGAGGUUGGUGUGAGGGUUGUGGGGAGGAGGGAGCACGAGAGGUAUUAUGUGGAAGAGCGGGGGUUGGAUGCGGCGGCGGUUAGGUGGUGGGCUGGUACGUAUGAGGCGUUGGAGGAGGGGGAGUGCGAGGUUGAUGAUGGGAUGUUGGAGGAGCUGUUGGGGCGUGUGGGGGUGAAGCCGGAGGGGGUGGAGGAGGUGGUGAGGAGGAUGGUUAAGGGGUAAGGGGUAAGUGGUAAGAGGCCAGUAUAGAGAGGAGAGGAUGAGAGGG